GCCCAGCCCUAAUAUGCAGAAAGGCCGAGACAUUUCGCUGUGCUUUUGCUUCAGUCUUCAGAUUGUGAUAUUUUUCUGACCCGAGGAAGAAGAAGAGAUGGGUUUUGUCCUAAUUUCUAAUUGUCCUCCGUCCUCGCUGGUGGUCGUCUCUCACCCUCAACAGUUCUCCGCCGGAAUCAAAAGCAGUGAGCUUCCGUUUCGUCCUUCGUUUUCUCCGACCCGUAGAACCCUAAUUGCCAAACCAUGCUGUUUCAAUCUCCCUCAAGAACCCAUUCUCUCGGAGGCACUCAAGGAGCCAAUUGCAUUUGUGGGUGGGAUGUUUGCUGGACUUCUAAGACUCGAUCUAAACGAAGAGCCGCUCAAGGAAUGGGUGACGCGAACAGUCGAAGCCUCGGGUAUUACAGAAGAGGAUGUUGAUGCAGAUGGGAUGUCCUCCAAAUAUGAUGAAGAAUCUCCUCAACAGAUAGAGAUUGAAUGAAUAUCACACUCUCUUCAAAACCGUGACUCAUAUAUAGUUUACUGUCUUUACCAUCAGCAAAGUAUAAAUGUAGCUUGCCAUUUGUGUAUGUAACCUUGUGUUGUUUAUGUAAAAUGAAACAGAAAUCCAAAGAAGAUUUAAGACCA